AUGGCGUCCGAUGGGUCGGAAUUCUCUGUCGAUUACAAUGAAGUGCUUCUCCAGAUAAAUUCCAGUCUGACAAAUGCCUUGAACACGUUUGGCCCGUCUUCUAGACAGUAUCAGACUAUCCUAGACAUUCUGAAAGGCUAUAUGCGCAAUAUCGACGGAGAGAAGGCCAGCAGAGAUCGCCAUUUAAACCCUGAUGUUUUAAGCGUGGCCAUGGGGUUCUUGGAGAUUGGAAAAUGA